GCGGAGUCGUAUCGCGUUGCCGCGAACCUUCCGAGCCGCACACGAAUAUAACGCAACAAAAGACUGUCAAUUGACAGCCAUUUUUAUUAAGAGUAAAAUAGUAAAGUAAAAAUCGAUUUGUCAUCAACAUUAAGUGAAAAGGUGAGAGAAGAAAAUCGAUUCAAAAUCGUAUACGAACUUAAAAACAUCGACAGUUUUGAAAGUGUUGUGUCAGUGAUUAUAAACGCAUUAAAAUCGAAUGAAUAGUAAUUCAAUAAUAAAAACAGAACUCGUCGAGUGUUUUGGUGCAGUGCGUUGUGUAAGACCACAGCCAUGAAAACGCAACAGCCAAGCUCAACAAUCUCUCACAAUUGCGAUGCAGACUAACAUGCGGUCUCGUCGCCAAGCAAGCGAUAACAAAGCGAUGCGCAGAAUCAAACCACCGGACAGAAAAAAGCAAACGAUUCUAUAACAAAUGAAUCCAAUCUAAAACCAAAGCCAAAACAAAAACAAGUCUAAAACAAAAGAAGAAGAAGAGGACAAGCCUAAGAACUGAACAGCAAUCUAAAUUAAUAAAGAUGGGUUUACAUGUGUUACUAGCUUCUACAGCGCUGAAGACGAUCAGCGUUACUGGACUGUGGGUGAUACCAUUGCUGCUCGGAGCACUUACGUAUCACAAUUACAGUUCAUAUGACCCAGAAGCUAAAGUACUGGAUAAGGAACCGAGGAAAGAAUACGAUUUUAUCGUAAUCGGUGGAGGGUCGGCUGGAGCUGUUGUCGCUAACAGACUUACUGAAGUGAAGGAUUGGAAUGUCUUAUUGUUAGAGACUGGACCAGACGAGAACGAAAUCACCGACGUGCCCUCGCUGGCGGGCUACUUACAGCUGACUAAGCUCGACUGGCAGUACAAGACGGAGCCUACGCCGUACGCCUGCCUUGGUUUCAAAAACCAUAGGUGCAGUUGGCCACGAGGAAAGGUGCUUGGCGGGUCCAGUGUCCUGAACUACAUGAUCUACGUGCGAGGGAAUCGUUUCGACUUCGACCAGUGGGAGUCAUUCGGCAAUCCCGGGUGGAGCUAUCGAGAUGUACUCAAAUAUUUCAUAAAGUCUGAAGAUAACAGAAAUCCUUAUUUAUCUAAAAGCCAAUAUCACGGAAGAGGUGGCUACCUUACAGUACAAGAAGCGCCAUGGAGAACGCCUUUGGUGGCUGCUUUCGUUGAGGCGGGAGUCGAAAUAGGUUAUGAGAACAGAGACAUCAAUGGAGCCGUUCAAACAGGUUUCAUGAUCGCACAAGGAACUAUCAGACGUGGUUCCAGGUGCAGUACAGCAAAAGCAUUUUUGAGGCCGGUUAGAACGAGACGAAACUUAGAUGUAUCACUCAACUCUCAAGUUACCAAAGUUUUAAUCAAUCCAAUAACUAUGAAAGCCUACGGUGUUGAAUAUGUAAAACAUGGCAUAAAAAGAGUAGUUUUUGCGAAAAAAGAAGUAAUAUUAUCCGCUGGAGCAAUAAAUAGUCCACAAUUACUCAUGUUAUCUGGAAUAGGUCCUAAAGAUCAUCUUAGAGAAGUUGGAAUUAAAGUUUUGAAAGAUUUAGCUGUAGGUGAAAAUUUGCAAGAUCACGUUGGCGUGGGAGGAUUAACAUUUCUAGUCGAUAAACCAGUUGCAAUUGUGCAAAAUCGUUUCCAAGCAUUCCCAGUUACGAUGAACUAUGUAAUUAACGAAAGAGGACCAAUGACUACUUUGGGAGGUUUAGAGGGCAUUGCGUUUGUGAACACAAAAUACGCUAACAGCUCUGGUCUGUGGCCAGAUAUACAAUUUCAUAUGGCGCCAGCAUCUUUCUCAUCUGAUAAUGGGCAAAUUGUAAGAAAGAUUUUAGGUCUCACUGAUGAGUUAUACGACAACGUAUAUAAACCGAUUGCUAAUAAAGAUGCUUGGACGAUAAUGCCACUUUUGUUGAGACCAAACACAAGAGGAUACGUAAAGCUAAGGAGUUCCAAUCCUUUUGACUAUCCAAUUAUGAAUCCCAGAUAUCACGAAGAUAGAUUAGAUGUAAAUCGUUUAGUGGAAGGAAUAAAAAUAGCUUUGAAAGUAGCUAACGCAUCGCCCUUCAAGCAAUUCGGUUCAAGACUUUACAUGAAACCGUUACCUAAUUGUAAGCAAUUUAAAUUCAUGUCUGAUGAAUACAUUGAGUGUCAAGUGAGGACUAUAUCGAUGACAAUAUACCAUCAAUCUGGUACAACCAAAAUGGGACCUUCUUGGGAUAAGAAAGCUGUGGUGGAUCCAAGAUUACGAGUCUAUGGUAUAAAUGGACUUAGAGUUAUAGAUGCUAGUGUUAUGCCGACAAUAGUUAGUGGUAAUACAAACGCCGCAGUAAUAAUGAUCGGUGAGAAAGGAGCUGACAUGAUUAAGCAAGAUUGGUUGACAUAUAAUCGGUGACGAAAGUGUGACUUACCAAAAUGUGUCAAAAACUGAAAGUGAUUCCAAAUAGCUAAUUUAUCUAAUACUCUUAAUUUGUAAAUAUACUUUAAGUAAUGUUACAAUCCUACGAGUAAGUUGCUAUAGGUGCUAUUUCUAAAGGUAUGGAUGAGGUAAUUUGUAUGUUUUUAGUCACUUUCAUAGACUAUCUAUUCAUAGAUUAAAAAACCUAAUUUCAUUUUCGUACCUUCUAUAUUCUACAUUGAUCUUUGAAAUGUUUAAUAUCUUACUAAAUCAACACAAAAUUAAUAACAUAUAGAAUUUUGAAUAUAUCCAGACAUCUUA